UUCUCCCUCAGUUGCCUAUGAAAAGCUCAACCGCGCUCUGGCAAUUUUUCCCGCAAGGAGCACCCGAUCAAGAGACCAGCCUUGCUCUUGGUGAUUGUGGUCGGAGAGAUCGAGAAGAGCUAAGAGAGAUGGUAGGAACAACCCAGGUCCCGGUGAUAGUGUUCUCCGAGGAAUGCAUGAAACCAGGGACGAGUUCCUGGGCAAAAGCUUGCAAAGUGAUGGCGCAGGCUCUUGAGGAUCAUGGGUGCUUCGUUGUCGAUCACCCCAAUGUCCCUCUUGGCCUUCAUGACUCCAUCUUUAGCGCCGCCGAGGAUCUCUUCCACCUUCCCUACGAAACCAAGAUCAAGAACGUUAAUUUAAAGCCUCCCCUUGGCUAUACCGGAAAGAUCCCCGGGACUCCCGUUGUCGAGGCCCUGGCCAUCGUCGGCCCCGACAAGCCUGAAGACUGCGAAAAGUUCGCCUCUCUCAUGUGGCCCUCCCGGAACGACCACUUUUGCAAAGCUGUUCAUGACUAUAGCAAGUUCAUAGCUGAGAUGGAGAAAGUAGUGUUCAGGAUGGUCUGCGAGAGCUAUGCUGUCGAGAAAUGCUAUGACCCUUACAUCAAUUCCAGUGCAUACAUCCUACGACUCUUGAAGUCCAAGAUACUGGAAGGCGUCGAGGUCAGUGUGAACCCGACUGGUCACACGGACAAGAGCUUUUUGUCCUACUUGCACCAAGGCAACAUUAGGGGCUUGGAUGUGAGGACCAAAGACGGCGAGUGGUUCACUUUCGAGCCUUCGGCUUCCACUUUCAUAGUCAUGGCCGGUGAAGCAUGUGUGGCAUGGAGCAAUGGAAGGAUCAAGGCUUGUGACCACCGAGUGUUGGUUACAGAAAAGAAUCAAGUGAGAUACUCUCUUGCUACGUUCUCGUACACCACAGGGAUGAUCGAGACGCCCGAGGAGUUCAUCGACGAAGCACACCCUCGGCUAUACAAGCCCUUCAUUCACAUGGAUUUCCUUUUCUACUAUGACUCUGUCGACGACCGCAUGAAGGGCGAAAGCCUCAUCGAGUCCUUCUGCGGAGUUUAGGCCAAUAAGCCCUCGUGAUUAAAUCAGAAUGAAUAGAGUGCAUGCUCUUAGUGUGAAAUAAGACGAGAUUUGAGGAGAUUGUUGUCUCUCAAUCUUCUUUGUUCUGUUUUCUAAAAUAAAGAGGUAUGCAAAGGUCAAAGGUGAUUGAAGAUGGAGAUGCAUGUGGUCUGUAUAAUUUAAAGAGCAUACAAUAUUUUUUGGGGAAUUAGGAAGAGAUGUUCAUCUCAUUGGCCUUCGCUUAUUCAUUGUUACUCAGGCCAAGCCAGUUUUUUAGUACCCCAAUUUGGAACAACCUUGAACACUGUGUUAUUUUCAUUGAGCGAGAGAGAUCGAGACAUUGGUGGAUAUUUGAUGCAAUGUAAGUCUAGAGCAUUCAUCAUGGGAUGGUGCGCGUGUAUGUUGGAAC